ACCAGGCAUCCUAGAGGACAGCAUUGCAAAAAUGCCCUGGAUUGUGUUAUUAUUUGGAUUUCUUAAUCUGGGUGUAACUAUAGUGUCCGGGCAAGCAGCUUCAAGAGAUGGAGAGAUAAUAAAACAGAUAAAGGGCACAAACCAGGCCCUGGCAGAAAUCAAGGAACUCCUGAAACAACAGAUAGAAGAAAUUGUGUUCCUAAAGAACACAGUAAUGGAGUGUGAGGCCUGCGGAAUGCGUUCAGACGUUGUGGAACCAAAACCGAAGCCGUCCUGUGUUCCAAAUCCCUGCCACCCAGGUGUGGAGUGUAUUGAGACAGCCAAUGGAAUCAAAUGUGGGUCAUGUCCAGAGGGCACCGUGGGCAACGGCACCCACUGCACAGACAUAGAUGAGUGUACCAUACAACCAUGUCACAUGGGUGUGAGAUGUAUCAACACCUCUCCUGGUUUCCGCUGUGGUCUUUGUCCCGCUGGCUAUACAGGUCCUCAGGUACAAGGAGUCGGACUCGCCUACGCUAAAGCCAACAAACAGGUUUGUAAAGACAUAAACGAGUGUGAAACCUCAAACGGAGGCUGUGUUGUAAACUCCAUCUGUCAGAACACCCCGGGAUCUUUUCGCUGUGGCCCCUGUAAGCCAGGCUAUGUUGGAGAUCAGACCCGGGGAUGUAAACCUGAGAGGGCUUGUGGAAAUGGCCAGCCCAAUCCCUGCCAUCCCAGUGCUGAGUGUAUCAUCCACAGGGAUGGCAAUAUAGAAUGUGCUUGUGCAGUUGGAUGGGCUGGAAAUGGCUAUGUUUGUGGACCAGACACAGAUAUCGAUGGCUUCCCGGAUGAGAAACUACAAUGUCCUGAAAGAAACUGUGCUAAGGACAACUGUCUUACUGUACCAAAUUCUGGCCAAGAAGACGCUGACAGAGAUGCCAUUGGAGAUGCAUGUGAUGAUGACGCAGAUGGAGAUGGAAUUCUAAAUAUUGAGGACAACUGCGUACUUGUCCCAAAUGUGAACCAGAAAAAUGCAGACCAGGAUGACUAUGGAGAUGCUUGUGACAACUGCCGGCUGGCUAAAAAUAAUGACCAAAAAGACACAGACCUCGAUGGAAAGGGUGAUGCAUGCGAUGAUGAUAUCGAUGGUGAUGGGAUUAAAAAUGACAAAGACAACUGCAAGAAGGUUCCCAAUGUAGACCAGAUUGAUCGAGAUGGUGACAAUGUUGGGGAUGCGUGCGACAGUUGCCCUUAUGUUCGCAAUCCUGACCAGCUGGACAUGGAUAACGAUUUGAUUGGUGAUCCAUGCGACACCAACAAGGAUAGUGAUGGAGAUGGUCAUCAGGACUCAAGAGACAAUUGUCCUGCAGUCAUCAACAGCUCUCAACUGGAUACAGACAAAGACGGCAAGGGGGAUGAAUGUGACGAUGAUGAUGACAAUGACGGCAUCCCUGAUCUUCUUCCUCCAGGGCCAGAUAAUUGUAGGCUCGUCCCCAAUCCACUACAGGAAGACUUGGACGGGGAUGGGAUUGGAAAUGCCUGUGAAAGGGACUUUGACAAUGACACAAUUAUUGACACAAUUGAUGUGUGCCCUGAGAAUGCCGAGGUCACCCUUACUGACUUCAGAGCUUACCAGACUGUGGUGUUGGAUCCAGAGGGAGAUGCACAGAUAGAUCCAAACUGGGAGGUGCUGAAUCAGGGAAAAGAAAUCGUUCAAACUAUGAACAGUGACCCUGGACUGGCUGUUGGUUACACAGCUUUCAACGGAGUGGACUUUGAAGGGACGUUUCAUGUAAAUACAGUAACGGAUGACGACUACGCUGGCUUUAUCUUUGGGUAUCAGGACAGCUCCAGUUUUUAUGUGGUAAUGUGGAAACAGGUUGAGCAGAUCUAUUGGCAGGCUAAUCCUUUCCGAGCCGUGGCUGAACCAGGGAUCCAACUCAAGGCUGUAAAAUCAGACACAGGGCCUGGAGAGAACCUGCGGAACUCACUUUGGCACACAGGUGACACCCCGAACCAGGUGAAGCUGCUGUGGAAAGAUCCAAGAAAUGUAGGCUGGAAGGACAAGACAUCUUACCGCUGGUUCCUGCAGCACAGACCUCAUGAUGGGUACAUCAGGGUUCGUUUCUAUGAGGGUCCACAGAUGGUUGCAGAUACAGGAAUUAUAAUUGACACAACCAUGAGAGGCGGCAGACUAGGAGUAUUCUGCUUUUCGCAGGAGAACAUCAUCUGGGCCAACCUACGCUACAGAUGCAAUGAUACCCUUCCAGAGGACUUCGACACAUACAGAGCCCAGCAAAUCAGGCUUUAAAUUUAACAUCAGGCACAGUCCCAAAGUCAUUCUGCCCAUACCUUCGCAAUGACUUCUCUAGAUCACAUUAACAAUCUGUAAAUAGCUGAAAGAUGGUGAUCACAUUAUACAAAAGCUGUACAAAAAUAAGAGCGCAUAUGCCUUAUGUGUAUACUUUAUUCAUGUUCUUUACCUCUAGAGACUUCAAAAUGAAGACGGAUGCUGAUAGUUUAUUAUAUUUUGGUAAGGUGUCAAAAUAAAAGUCAUCAUUAACUGUAAAAA